AUGACCUCAGUCCUGCCCCAGAAGCGGGUGCUAGGCGAGGCAGGCACCCGCCAGAACAUUCCGCCAUCAACGCCAGGCUCAGCCAAAAAGCGUAGGACCGAUAUCUUUUCAUCAUCACCGGCGGCCAGAUUCACAGGCUUCCAAAGAGAUCCCAAGGCAAAGCCUGGAUCGAGCCAGCCAAAAAGUGCCUUUGAGACCGAGGUCUUGGAGAAGCUGAGCCAAGACAUCUCAGACCUGAAGCGCAGCAAUGCCGAGAAGGAUCAGGCAUGGGACCGCCCACCAGUUGUCGACUUUGAGCCCCAGCGCGAUAGCCUGUGUUUCCAGUCUAUUGAAGCUGAAGAAGGAACCUUGCAUGGUGGCAAAGCGACUGUCAAGUUAUUCGGCGUCUCGGAACAAGGCUAUUCAGUGAUGCUGCACGUCACCGACUUUAAACAUUACCUCUAUGUCCGUGCUCCGGUUCUAUUUCAACCGCACGAUGUCGGUAAUUUCAAGACUUUCCUUGAGGGACAGGUCGCUCAGCAUCAGCCCGCUAUUCAUUCGGUCGCCCUACUUUUCAGAGAAGACAUUUAUGGCUUCUCGGGCAACGAGCAGCACGCCUAUCUCAAAGUUACGGUCACGGACCCCAAAUUUAUAAAUAGAGUGCGCUCUACUAUAGAAAGUGGAAAUGCGAACUGGAAAGGCAUGUGGGGAGUCACAGAAGGCAUCAGGACAUAUGACAAUAUCCAAUAUGUCCUUCGAUUCAUGGUGGACUGCAAGGUCCAAGGCAUGGCAUGGGUCGAAGCGCCAGCGGCCCGAUACAAGAUAGUCCCCGAAAACCUCAGACAAUCCAACUGCCAGAUCGAAGCGGAAGUCCCAUAUCUCGACUUGAUUGCUCAUAAACCCGAAGGCAAAUGGGCCAAGAUGGCUCCACUUCGUAUCUUAUCUUUCGACAUCGAGUGUGCUGGCAGAAAAGGCAUCUUCCCAGAAGCCAACCAGGACCCGGUCAUUCAAAUCGCCAAUGUCGUCACAAAGUAUGGAGAGAAGAAGCCAUUUAUUCGUAAUGUCUUUUGCCUGGAUACAACAAGCUCCAUUGUAGCUACGCAGAUUCUAGAGUAUCAGAAGGAAGACAGGAUGUUGAGCGAAUGGCAGCAGUUCCUAAUUCGAGCCGAUCCAGAUAUUAUUAUUGGGUACAAUAUUGCCAACUUCGAUUUUCCUUAUUUAUUGGAGAGAGCAAAGCAUCUCAAAGUCAGUGGCUUUGAAUACUGGUCUCGUCUUCCCAGCGUUCCGUCUAGGGUCAAGGAGACAAAUUUCUCGAGUAAGCAAAUUGGUAAUCGAGACACCAAGGCCACCAACACCAACGGGCGACUGCAGCUCGAUUUACUUCAAUUGAUUCAACGAGAUCAUCAUCUUCGAAGUUAUACUCUCAACUCUGUGUGCGCACAUUUUUUGGGCGAACAAAAGGAAGAUGUGCACCACACCAUGAUCACUGAACUUUUUAACGGUACUCCAGAAUCAAGACGACGUUUAGCCCUCUACUGUUUAAAGGACGCAUAUCUUCCACAACGACUAAUGGAUAAGCUUUCAUGUCUGGAAAACUAUACCGAAAUGGCAAGAGUUACUGGUGUGCCCUUUAACUUUUUACUGUCCCGCGGCCAACAAAUCAAGUUUGUGAGCCAGCUAUUCCGCAAAGCUUUAGAACAGAAACUGGUGAUACCUAAUAUCCGAGCUGAUGCCUCGGACGAGCAGUAUGAAGGUGCCACCGUUAUCGAACCUGUCCGAGGUUAUUACGAUGUGCCUAUUGCCACCCUGGAUUUCGCGUCCCUAUACCCGAGUAUUAUUCAGGCACACAAUCUAUGCUAUACCACACUGGUAAAAGACAAGAAGCUGAUUGAAAAAUUUGGCUUGGUUAAAGACGAAGAUUACAUCGUCACACCCAACGGAGACACCUUCGUGACAACCAAACAACGCAAGGGGCUUCUAGCGCAGAUUCUUGAAGAACUGUUAACCGCUCGUAAACAGGCCAAGCGCGAGUUGGCUCAGGAAACAGACCCGUUCAAGAAAGCUGUAUUGAACGGUCGCCAGCUCGCGUUAAAGAUCAGUGCCAACUCCGUCUAUGGAUUGACAGGCGCUACGACGGGAAAACUUCCCUGCCUUGAGAUUGCCAGCAGUACGACUAGUUUCGGCAGGCAAAUGAUUGAAAGGACAAAAGAUGAAGUGGAGAAGAAGUAUAAUAUUGCCAACGGAUACUCGCACGACGCUCAGGUCAUUUACGGUGAUACUGAUUCCGUCAUGGUCAAGUUUGGCACGAAGGACUUGGCUGAGGCAAUGAAGCUAGGCGAGGAAGCGUCGCACUAUGUGUCUUCCAAGUUUGUUAAGCCAAUCAAGCUUGAAUUCGAGAAGGUGUACUUUCCGUACCUGCUGAUCAACAAGAAGCGGUACGCCGGAUUGUACUGGACCAGGCCGGAGAAGUACGACAAGAUGGACACGAAGGGCAUCGAGACGGUUCGGCGAGAUAACUGUCUGUUGGUGCAGACCGUUAUCGAAAAGGUCCUCCGAAUGAUUCUGAUUGACCGGGAUGUUGGUGGUGCGCAAGAAUACGUCAAAGACACAAUUGCCAACUUGUUACAAAAUAAAGUGGACAUGUCAAAGCUUGUCAUCACCAAGGCUCUGACAAAAGACGACUACGCUGCCAAACAAGCACAUGUGGAACUAGCUCACCGAAUGAAGAAGCGUGACGCUGGUUCGGCUCCUGCGCUUGGAGACCGCGUUGCUUAUGUCAUGGUUCGUGGAGCUGCUGGUGCCAAAAACUUUGAGAAGUCGGAGGAUCCCCUCUAUGUCCUCGAGAAUAACGUGCCUAUUGAUACCAAAUACUACCUGGAUAACCAGCUAGCUAAACCGUUGGGACGUAUAUUCGAGCCUAUCCUGGGCGAAACCAAGGCGAGGACGCUGCUGACGGGAGAUCACACGAGAACAAUAUCUGUGGCGGCACCGACGGUGGGUGGGCUGAUGAAAUUUGCGAAAAAGACACAGACAUGCAUGGGCUGCAAGAAGCCGCUUACAGGCAAGCACGAGAGCAAUGGGGCUGUUUGCUCAGACUGCGCUCCCAGGGUGGGCGAACUGUACAAGAGGACUCUGGACAAGGUUUCGGAUCUCGAGGUUCGAUUCGGCCGAUUAUGGACGCAGUGUCAGCGAUGCCAGGGCAGCAUGCAUUGCGAGGUUAUCUGUAGCAGUAAGGAUUGUCCAAUCUUCUACAUGAGGAUGAAGGCAAAGAAGGAUCUGGAAGAUGCAGGCAAGGACCUGUCGCGGUUCGACAUGGACCCGGCCGCCAUGUGGUGA